CUGUCUUCUAUUUACAAAGACAGCGCGGUGGCGGCGAUUAUAUUUGCGAUUUGCGUAAAACCGUUCUCGGUUUGUUUUUCAUUAUUUUUCAUAAGAUAAAAAAAUAUUUGUUCGGAUCGAUAUUCCAUGCCGAAUAUUGUUGUUUAAUAUAUAUAGUAAUUUAAUACUGGUACAUCAAAAGUUGCGUUUAGUUUUCGAAGAUGAUUGAAAAAGUGUUUGGUAUAAACGCUACGAGCGUAACCCUCAAUGCCCGGUUUACAUUACUGGCAGAAACUCUAUCUUCACGUGUUAUGAGGCCAAGAAAACGCCUGGUUUCACACCCGGUCCCUAAUAUAAGCUAUAACCUAAGAAGCCAGAAGUUACACCAACAAAUAGCUUAUCACUUCCAGCAAAGUAGUCGGCAAAGAAUGAAGCAACGGCUUGGUCUUCGCAGAUAUAGGAGUGCGAGUAGCUUACCAGGUCUCCGGAGAGCAAAUAGCACAGGCAAUAUAAAUCAAGGAGUCAAAACUAGGCUUGCAUGGACUAAUGCUGAUAGUAAUCUAAGAUGGGCAUCACCAUUCAACAAUACUUCUGGUAUGUGGCGUGGUAGUGGAAUUAGAUUACGGAAUGCACGCAUAAGACUUGUUCGUGGAGGUGUGAGGGGUAGAGGUGGUCGUCAACAAAUGGGCCAACUUAGAGGGAGUGCACCACCUCAACAAAGAAGGGCGCGAGGGGCGAGAGGAGGUAGGGCGAGAGGAGGUAGGGCGAGAGGGCAGACACGGGGGAGAGGAAGGGGAAGAGGGGCCACAACUGCCAAGAAAGUACCAACUAAAGAAGAAUUGGACACACAACUUGAGCAUUACAUGGCAAAUUCCCAAUGGGCACUCGACAAACAACUUGAUGAUUAUAUGAAAGAUGCAGUGAAAGAGGAAUGAUAUUAAUAAAAU